UGAAAAAAGGAAAUAGAGUCGCGUGUCGGCGCACGAUGACAACGCUCGCGAACGUUGUUUCUUUUUUUCCGCACGGGCAAAGUGUCGAGGGUGCGUCUAGCGAUACAGACGUAGUGGCAUCGAUAGAUAAUCUCGGUUAACGGAGAAGGAGCGACCACAAAUGUACACAAUCGCGCAGUUUUGUAAAGCACAGCUGUACGAAACGACAGUGUUCACUGAACAUAUAAUACGAAUAGGUCCGAGCGUACUCACCGAUCGACGUGUUCGUUAAUCAAGAGGGGUAGAAUCCAAAAAGGUAAGACGAACAACCAGUUAUAUCCAGAGUAGACGACGUUCCGUUGACCGGCACACUACGUACGAUACACGCUACUCGACAAUGGCUGUUGUGGCACACAUUUAAGUACACUGAUGCACUAGUUGAUGUACACGCACUCUUCCUCGCCUUGCGAGGGUUAUAGAAGCCACGAUUCCUUUCGACGGCGGAGCGGCAGUUCAACACGCGCGAAUCUAAAUUUUUUCACUGAUCGUAGCCGGCCGAUAAAACGUCCCGUAAUUCUGAAUCGUCUCGAUCAAACAACCCGAAUACCGCCUCCACCGUUAUCCUAGGCCCACGGUAGCCAUUACACUCGUCGCCGCGACGAGAGAGCGUGUUUUCCUUUUUUCCAAGGGGACCAGCAACUCGCCCGCUACGAGGCCGUGGAAGCGACUGUUCUCGGGAGAUUCGCGGUGCGGUCUCAUCGACCAAUCGUGGACCAGCUUUCACCGAGCGCCAUCUUGCCUAGCCGACGCACAAAGGGGCCAAAACCCGAAUGUUUGCGUAAACGUCCGAACCUUAGCCACCCCUACCCGAUCGACGUAUCCUCCUCUGGCUUUUCUCAUCCCUAAGUUUCAAUACAGAUUUUAUUGUAGGAUUACCCCCGUACCCUAUUUUUUUUUCCACCACGUACGGACUAAUUCGGAAUUAGAUAUUUCCUGUUGAACGGUCAAUUUUUACUGUUCCAAUACUGUUUUAUAUUUUUUUGCAGAUGAAAACAGCGGAUUUGAAUUGUUAAUAAUUGUAUCGCGAUAUAUUGUAUAGCAAAAUUUUCGAAUAUAUUCCGUUUGUAAUUAAUUCGGCGUUAACUUACGUUUUGGGUUUGUUUUUUUAAAUUAUUACAUUCACGGAUUUUGAAUUUACACGAAAUUAGUUGUUAUUUUGGAAAAAUUUAUGAUUUGUUGUUGCGAGGGAUAUCACGAAUAUAUUUAUUAUUUUUGAAUGAACUUUCUAACCAUAUCUCGUAGUUAGAUGCUUUUUGAUAUUGAGAUUAAGCGGUAACAUUGUUUCGAGAGAAUUGUUAAUAAUUUAUUUAAUAAAUGCAAUAAUCAUUUGAAGUUCUUUACGACAAUACAAAUAACGCCAUCGCUAGGAUGAUGACAGAAAUAUACUCUGCCGGUAAAGAAAAGAACGCGUGUUUUGUUUCACGUGAAACUUUUGAGGUUAUGGUAUGUAAGACGAGUUACAUUUAAUACUGUCCCUUUAAAUAUUAUAUAGUUUUUAAAGUGGUGCAACGUCGAUUGAGAUUAGAAAAUCGUGUGACAAUGGAAGAGAAAAACGAGAAAGGACGAAAAACUUGGACCGACGAGGAGCGAUUAGAACUGGCUGCAAAAUUGGAUGCCGAAUUAGAUGAGUAUAUAAGUAAUUUGGAGAAGAAAAGUUAUACAGAAGGAUGGCCAGAAGACCGGUGGGAAGAAGAAAUGGAGAAACAUCCCUUCUUCAUGAAAGAAUCACCAAAACCUGGCGAUGAGCUCUCACCUUUAAUGGAAGGGUUACAACAGCUGAAGUAUGGCGAAGAUGAAAAUACACCAGAGGAAUUAGCGAACAAUUAUAAAGAGGAUGGAAAUUUCAAUUAUAAAUAUAAGAAAUAUCGAUUAGCUAUAUUAAGCUACACCGAGGGUAUAAGGACUAAAUGUAAAGAUAAUGACUUAAUGGCUCAACUCUAUAAUAAUAGAGCUGCUUCGCAUUUUAUGUUGAAGAAUUAUCGGUCGAGCCUGAAUGACUCAAAACAUGCUUUAAAGUUGAAACCAAAUUAUCCAAAGGUACUGAAUAGGGCUGCUACAUGUUGUUUUCAUGUUAAAGACUACGACCAAUGUAUUCAACUGUGUGACCAAUUUCUUGAUCAUUCUCCAACUGACAAAAAAAUGUUGAGUUUGAAAGCGGAAGCAGUUACUGCAAGGGAAUGCUUAAAAAGAGAUAAAAGAAAACAAGAAAGAUUAGAAAAGAAAUUAGAUAAAGAAGAAGAGGAAUUAAUUAAUAUAAUCAAGAAUAAAGGCAUAAACUUGGAAUUGGUCGAUCAGCGGAAGAAACCAGAUCUAAAAGAUUUAGAGCCUCAAAUUCCACAAAUUGCUCAGAGCAGAGUUCAUUUGGACGCAGAAAAUAAACUUGUUUGGCCAGUAAUGAUACUGUAUCCAGAGACGCAUCAAACAGAUUUCAUACAAAAUUUUCACGAAGAGACAUUGCUAAUAGAACAAUUAGAGCAACUAUUUAGUGAGCCACCAGAGUGGGAUACAGAAAAACGUUAUACCCUUCAAAACAUAAAUGUUUAUUUCGAAGGAAAAGAUAAAUGUUCUGUACAUAAAGUAAACACUCAUCAUCCUUUGGGAAAAAUAUUACAAAAUGAACGAUUUAUCGUACGUGGAGGAACUCCAGCAUUUCUAAUACUAGUUAGGUCUAGCGAAGCUGAGAAACGAUUUUUAGCUAAUUACUAAACAAUUCUGUACAUAAUUUGUAAAUAAAUUCCGAAUAAAUUUUUUAUUUGUCUCUA